AGAAAACACCGUGACAGCAUACCAAAACACAAAGCAACAACACAUCCUCAAAAAAACAGAUUUAAAUACGAGUAUUUUGCGGUUGCAUCACAAGAGCACAAAAACAACCUGCGAUUUUUGACCGGCCUCAGGUUCUCCUUUGCUGGUAUUGCUCCCCAUCGCUGAUGGAAGCUAAUCAUGACGUUGCAAUAAUCUCAACUAGCUGAAACUGUGAUGAUGAUGAUGAUGUGUUUGAAGAGUUGACUGAAGAAGCGAGCAGACCUAUUCGCGUAGCAAUCCCAAGUGGAAGUUUGACAUAACGAGUCACGCAUCCUACUUUUUGGAGGAAUUUUAGCACAACUGGUCGCGCCAAGAAACACCCUUUUUCUGAGAGAUUUGCGCGAUUCGUUUCCCUUACCACUAGGUAACAACGGUAACUGAAACUGUUUCGCAAACUGGAUUGGCUACUCGGAAGGACACACCUCUACCAUUCAUGAUGAGUGCGGCAUUGGCGAUUGUUAUGGUUUUCGUGGGAUGCUGCAGCAAUGUUGUAUUCCUUGAGCUACUAGUCAAAAUCGAUCCCGGCUCGGGUAACCUGAUCACGUUCCUACAGUUCCUGUUCAUUGCCGUCGAAGGCUUUCUGUUCACGUCAAAAUGUGGCACAGUCAAACCGCGGAUAGGACUGAAAGAUUAUACCGUGCUGGUGAUAAUGUUUUUCCUCAGCAGCGUCUGCAACAACUAUGCGUUCGAUUUCAACAUCCCGAUGCCGCUGCACAUGAUCUUCCGGGCUGGGUCGUUGAUCGCCAACAUGAUCAUGGGCAUCAUCAUACUGAGGAAGCGGUACGCCUUCUCGAAAUACCUAUCGGUCGGAAUGAUCACGCUCGGUAUCGUGGUAUGUACCGUUGUCUCGGGCAAGGAAGUGAAAAGCACCCAAGUGAUCGAGACUGAGGAAGAGGAAGAUCCGAUAACGGUGUUCUUCUGGUGGACGGUAGGAAUUGCGCUUCUCACGAUUGCAUUGUUCAUUUCGGCCCGAAUGGGACUGUACCAGGAGGUCUUGUACAAACGCUACGGAAAACAUCCACGUGAAGCACUUUUCUACACGCACCUGCUUCCGUUGCCUUUUUUCCUAAUCCUCACUGGUAACAUUUGGGAGCACAUCAAACUGGCGAACGCCAGUCCGUUAUACGAUGUUCCCCUGCUCAACAUCGGUGUUCCGAUCACGUGGUUGUAUCUGCUGGGGAACGUCCUCACGCAAUACGUUUGCAUUAGCUCGGUAUACGUCCUCACCACGGAAUGUUCCUCGCUCACAGUCACUCUCGUUGUAACGUUGAGAAAGUUCGUCUCACUACUUUUCUCGAUUGUAUACUUCAGCAAUCCGUUCACCAUAUACCACUGGAUAGGAACGAUUCUAGUCUUCACGGGGACAAUCAUAUUUACCGAAUUGGUGGGCAAGAUUCGACAGUCAUUGAGUCAAGAGAAGAGUCAGGUGGAAAAGAAAGUCGAUUGAUUGAACUCGGAGAUGUUGUUUGCACUCGCUAGAUUCUUCGCAUAUUGAUGUUGGGGUCUUUAUAUUGGAUAUCCCAAUUGGUGCAAAACUUCCAUCGCACUUGCGAUGGGUCAAUACUUCAGGAAUGUUAAGUCAAUUUUUGUUUUAGGUUUUAAUGUUAUAUUUUUGUUGAAUUAGAUUCAUCUUCGCUGAGUUUAAUUGAUUACUUGUACCAUCGCAAUGAACAACAGUUUAAGUUUGACAACAGGUAGCUGCAACCAUGUUUCGCACUGGACAAAACAGAAUUGAUAUUUGCAUUAUGAAAAUUUUAUAACUUCACUUCAGUAGUAUAUACCAACGCUAAAAUAAAAGACUCGUUUCAUAAGAUAUUUU